AUGGUCGUUGCCUGGUAUCUGAAUGACAACUCGGACUCUCCUGGGCAGAUUCAAAGUCCCGACCCUUCAGAUGUCUUAACUGUGGAGGAACUGAGGCAGAAAACUGGCAUCGAGUGUCUGACGUUCGACGCAGAUACAUGGGAGACUAACCCAGAGUAUGCAGAGCUGAAGCGCAAGCGAGGCUACCAUUAUGAAGAUGGCUUGGAAAUUUCUCGAGAAGCUCUCUCAAAUUACGAUGAAAUGCUUCACAUUUUCAACACCGAACACCUGCACGCAGACGAGGAGAUCCGGUUUGUCACAGAAGGAGGCGGCUACUUCGACCUGAGGGACUCCUCUGACCGCUGGAUUCGCGUGCAUGUGACCAAGAAUGACCUGUUGAUUUUACCUGCAGGCAUUUAUCACCGGUUUACCUUGGACAAACAGAAUUUUAUCCGGAUGAGGCGGCUGUUCACGGAGGAGGUCGUCUGGAAAGCGACCAAUCGUCCCGAGGCUGACCAGCUUCCGGCGCGGAAAAACUAUCUGCAGGCGAUUACCGCUUAG